CUUGUAGCACUGAUGGAGUCUAGACCAGGGGAACACUUGGUGGAGCUGAAUCCAGGGUAACACCUGGUGGAGUGCAGUCCAGGUGAAACACCUGGUGGAGCAUAGUCCAGGGUAACACCUGGUGGAGUGCAGUCCAGGAUAACACCUGGUGAAGUCUAGUCCAGAGGAACACCUGGUGGAGUGGAGUCCAGGUGAAACACCUAGUGGAGUUUAGUCCAGAGGAACACCUGGUGGAACCUAGUCCAGGUGAAACACCUGGUGGAUUGUAGUCCAGGAGACACACCUGAUGGAGUCUAGUCCAGAGGAACACCUUGUGGAGCCUAGUCCAGGUGACACACCUGAUGGAGUCUAGUCCAGCGGACAUGAAGGCUCCCCCCGGAAGACGAACAGGAAGUCUGAAUGUGCUGCACUUCCUGUUGGGUGUGUUCCUAGUUCUUCAUGAAGGGGGCAUCGGUCUGGAGCUGCAGCCUUCAACCGCUCAAGUUCUGAUCAACUCAACCUCUAAUUUCAGUGUGGUGUGUUCCGGGUGGAGUCACGUGACGUGGCGGCUACCUGACGCCCAGGUGGAGGGGGUUGUGGUUGAGAAUCAGGGCUCCAGCAGCAUCCUGCAGCUCUUUAAGGCCACCUGGAAGAACUCUGGAAGAUACACAUGUGAGGAGGCGUCGGCCUAUCAGAGCAGAGCGGUGGACAUAUUCAUACCUGGGCAAGGUCCGGAGGAAUGGUUCAUCCCGCUGGGUUCCGGUGUUGUGAUGAAGGAAUCGGAGGAAGACACCAUCCCGUGCGUGGUUUCCGACCCACGGCUCAGCGUCUCGCUGUACGAGCGUCCCGGCAGGACGGCGGUCAGCGGAGCAACGUACGAGCCGGGACGGGGCUUCACGGGGCAGCUCAACGACACGUCAUACGUGUGCUCGGCCACCUGGGGGGGCGAGGAAAGAGAGUCCCAGGUGUAUUAUGUCUUCAGCAUCGUAGUCCCUAAGGUGAUGGAAGUGGACAUGUCUGUCUCCAGCAGGGUGUUGAAGCAGGGGGAGGUUCUCACUGUAAACUGCACAGUCAAAGACACCGAGAUAGUCUUCUUCUCCUGGGACUUCCCCCGCAGACAGGAAAUCGAGCCUCUGACGGACUUUCUGCCCAAUCGGAUCCGCUCCUUUGUGAACAUCUCCACAGUGACGCUGGCAGAUUCCGGUGUGUAUGUGUGUGUGGUGCAGGAGCCGAUGCAGGAUCGAACUGUGAAGAGAAACGUCACAGUAACAGUACUGGAUCGAGGUUACGUUUACCUGUGGCCUUCAGGUGAGACCAACGUGUCGUCUCUCCUCCACCACACGGUGGAGUUCAGUGUGGAGGUCGACGGCCUCCCCCUCCCCACCGUCCUCUGGACCAAAGACAACAACACCGUCGCCUCAGAAACCACCUCCACAGACCAGAUGGGAAGCAGGUAUGUGAGCAAACUGACGCUGGUUCGGGUUCAGAUGGAUCAGAUGGGAAGCUACACAGCAACUGCUUCCAACGAGGAUGCCGUUGAGGAAGUCUUCUUCCACCUGGAGGUCAAAGCGCCCCCCAGGAUCACGUCUCUGUCGGAGGCCGUCAGUAAGGGAAUUCUUUGUGUCAGUGAGGGAGCCCCGCCCCCAACUGUCACCUGGUACACCUGUCACAGCACACACAGGUGCAGUAAUCUGACGGGCGGCUGGAGGAGUCUAUCAGCGGCCUCGGAGGGCGUGGCUCUGCAGGAGAACAUCACACAGGUGGCGGAGAGAGGCGUCACCCAGGUACGCAGUGUGUUAACUCUGCAAAGUCACACCUCCGUGUCAGCUGUUCGCUGUGAAGCCAAAAACUCAGCCGGACGACGAACCAGAGACCUGCGAGUACUGGCCAACUCUCUCCUGUCUCAGGUUGCGGUCUUGGCAGCAGUUCUGGUUCUGGUCAUCAUUGCCGUCGUCUUCCUCAUCAUCCUCAUCCUCCUCUGGAAGAAAAAACCUCGUUAUGAAGUCUGUUGGAAGGUGAUUGAGUCGGUGAGCCCUGACGGACAGCAGUACACCUACCUGAACCCCGCCCACCUGCCCUACAACUCCAGCUGGGAAGUACCACGAGACAAUGUAAUACUAGGGCAGGUGUUGGGUUCAGGUGCCUUUGGUCGUGUUGUCAUGGCGACCAUCUCUGGUCGGCUUCCCUUUCAUUCUACAACUAAAGCUGCCGUCAAGAUGGUCAAAUCCAGCAGUGGGGCGGCUCAGUCUCUGAUGUCGGAGCUGAAGGUUCUGGUUCUUCUCGGUCCUCACCUGAACGUUGUUAACCUGCUGGGAGCGUGCACGAGGGGAGGACCUGUCUAUCUGAUCACUGAGUUCUGUUGCCAUGGAGACCUAGUGAACUACCUGCAGAGGAACAAACACACCUUCAGACAGAGAGAGACACACACCAAGAGUUACAGUGAUGGUGGCUACAUGGACAUGACUAAAGAAGACAGCGUUCAGUACGUUGCCAUGAAGGAGCUGAGCUCCGCAGACAUCCAACCUCCGGUGUACAAGACACCGUACACGCCAGCAGACCAGCAGGAGACGCCGUCUCUCCUCCUCAGUGAUUCUCCUCUCCUCAGUCUCACUGACCUCCUCAGCUUCUCCUACCAGGUCUCCCAGGCCAUGGACUUCCUGUCCUCAAGGAGGUGCGUCCAUAGAGACCUGGCAGCCAGGAACGUUCUGGUCAGUGAGGGGAAGCUGGUUAAGAUCUGUGACUUUGGUCUGGCCAGAGAUCUGGUGAAGGACCAGGACUAUAUCGUCAGAGGAAACAAAUUCCUGCCUGUGAAGUGGAUGUCUCCUGAGAGUCUGUUCCACAACGUGUACAGCUCUCAGAGCGAUGUCUGGGCCUACGGAGUUUUACUGUGGGAGAUCUUCUCUCUUGGUGUUAGUCCGUACCCUGACCUCCCUCUGAACCAGGACUUCUACUCUUCCCUGCAGAGAGGCUACAGGAUGAGUCGCCCUGAGCCGGCUCCUAUCAACAUGUAUGAUCUGAUGAAACAGUGUUGGGACGAGAAACCUGAGGCCAGACCUUCUUUUACCUCACUGGUCGUCUCCAUGGGCGACAUGUUGACUGACGACUACAAGAAGCGUUACUUUCAGCUCACGCAGAACUUCCUGGACGAGGAGCGUUCAGCUGUCAUUGGGUCCCGAACGAGUCGUCCAUCAGCUUCCAUGUUGUUGACAGGAAGCCCCGCCUCUCAAGUGAAAGUUCAACUGUUUGAGGCUGAGCCAGAGGAGGCCGGCCCCUCCCACUGCGCUGCACUGGAUGCAGUCAGCCCUCAGCUGUCAGAGUCACAGGAAGUGACAUCAUCAAAGGUCAGACAGGAAGCCGACGAAGCUCCCGAUUCUCCACGCCGCCAUGAGGAAGAGGAGAGCUUUCUGUGAACGUGUCAGCUGCCUUCUAGACAGCAUGGGGGGCUUGUUUAACCCAAAGUAUUCCUUAGGGUUGUGCUAAUUUCAAUUCAAUUCAGUUUAUUUUGUAUAGCCCAAUAUCACAAAUUACAAAUUUGCCUCAGAGGGCUUUACAAUCUGUACACAUACGACAUCCCUGACCU